AUGUUCAUCAUUCACAUUCUAUCAUAUCUAAUAAUAUUGGAUUCAAUGCUACAGAUUGAUUCAACUAGAGAAAAUAUAACUUCUGAAAAAAGGAACCAUCUAUCAUAUACACAAAGAUUUAUAAAUCAAACAAUCAAAUUACGCCUACAAAAGGAAUGUUUACAAUUACUGACGAAUUUGUCGAUAGACAAAAAAACUGAAAUUUCCUGUGAAUCAUUUGCAAAUUUAAUAAUCGAUCUUUUAUUUCAAGAAAAUAAUGGCAAAUUACUGGAUAAAGUAAAUCUCGAUAUUUGUACUGGAUGUAAGAUGACAGUGACUGCAGUAAAAUUCAUAUUACACCUUUCAGAAGUCACUUAUUAUAUUAACAAAUUUAUUGCUCAAUUGUGUAUAUUCACUGGACCAUAUUUAUCUGAAUGUUCAUUUGUUGCUCAAAACUAUGCUGGUAUAUUAAUAAAUAUAUUUGAAAAUUCAACUGUUCUUAUGAUCUGUCAGUCAAUAAUGAUAUGUUAA